AUGCAUGUGGCGCCUGCUUGGGAAAACAAGAAAAAGUCAAAUCCAAUUUCGGAAAUUGUCAACAGAAAAAGAAACUUGACGGGUGAUAACAACGGGAGUCCAAAUGCAAAGGCUUUGUCGAAUAGCAGCUUAGGAAGUUAUAGAGAAGCAGAGUUAGUGAGCAGUGUAGAUGAAACUAUAGAAGCAUCGGGAAAGAAAUUAUUUCUGUGCGAAAUUUGCAACUUCCGGUCAAACUCACGGCCAGCAGUGAAGAAACAUGUGUUCAUGACUCAUAGUCAAAAAUGUCCCCGAUAUAUUUGCAUGUUGUGUGAUGCAAAAAUAAAAGAAAGAAGUAACUUCAAGAGACAUUAUGUGCAAGUACACAAAAUGGGAGACGUUGAAGCUUGGACUGCAGUUGCGCAAAGUAGCCAGACCGAUCCAACUUCUAGCAUCUGA